UCUGAUUGUUGCCCUCUAUCGUCUGAGAUCGAUUCGUCGUGGUAUUCUUAUCUUGGGAUCAUGUUUUAUAUCUCUGGGUGUCAUCCUUACAGCCAUGGCAACCAACAACAUUCUUAUCGCUGUAUAUCUAGCAAUAAGUGGCAUUGGACACUGCAUGAUAGCAGUAUCUACAACAGUCGCCUUGGAUCAACUUGCAAGCAAGAAAAACUUCAAUGUAUUGUAUGGUUUGGGUAUGAGCGGAUUUGGCUUAGGAAUGGUCCUGCUGCCAUUCUUAGCAGAUGUCAUUGGUCAAGUGUAUGGUUGGAGAGGAGGACUACUUAUCCUUGGCGGCCUAAUGGCCAACCUCAUUCCUUGUGCAAUGGCAAUACAAGUAGAACCAUCAAUACGCAAUGAACAAACAUCGGAUGUCAUUGAUAACUUGAAUGAAUGUGAAUCUGAAGGAAUAAGAGACAGUUCAACCGACGAUGAAGCCACACCGUUAUGCCCUGAAAACACUGCUGGUACAAACCCCGAUCGAAAUAAACAACGAGUUGGUGACCAUCGAUUAGCAAAGUCUAAAGCAGUCGAAAAGAAUCGAGAGGAACCUCUUGAACAGAACAGAUGUUCCAGGCCAUUCCUUGACAAAUUAAGCGAGAGUGUCCGCCGGUCCGAUUUUUAUAGGGACCCAGUAAUCAAUUUGAUGUGUUGUGCAAGUAUGAUUUUUGGUGUCAUGUACUGUGGUUGGCAUGGAUUUCUGGUUCCCCACGCCAUUCAGAGAGGCUAUUCUAUCAAUGCUACCAUCUUGAUGACAUUCUUUGCCUCUGCAGGCAACUUUCUUGGAAGACUCUUGGCAGGCGCCCUCUCCGAUCGCCUGGCGAAACCCGUCAUCCUGUACCUAAUUGUAACCUUGCUGAACUCUGUUUCAAUUCUGUGCGAUGCAAUCCUUCACAAUUUCUAUGUAAUGUUUAUAACAGCGUGUCUAUCUGCUAUAAGCAUUGCCUCUAUGUCUGUUCUGGGGCCUCUGGCAUUAAGGAAGAGAGCGUCUCCUGAAACCUUCGACGUUGCAUAUGCAAUAAAUGAACAGACCUUUGGCUUUGGGACCUUCAUUGGGGGCUACUUGUCAGGUAUGAUCGGUGGCUUAUAUUCCUCCUAUGAUGCCACAUUCAAGCUUCUGGGUUGUGUGAAUACAUUGGUCUUUUUGUUGAUGUUCCCGGUCAUCCUGAUUAAAAAACCAGAACGAGUUUGAUUCUCGUCAACAUUGGUAAUAAAAAACGUGAUGACGUUCAAUUAUGGACGUUUCCUCUUCAGCAGUUUUAUCAGUCAUUCAGGGGCAGCGAUCCUGGGGGGGCACAUUACCCCCCACUUUUUGAAAUACUGAAAAGUGCCCUUUUAUACGCAAGAAAAACGCCCCCUCAUAAACGUGUAUUGUGCCUCUGUCACCUGGGGAGGACCCGUUUUAUGUGUUAACGAGUGCCCCUUGCCUUCUUGUUAGUGCCUUUUUUCGAACCAGUGCCCCUUUUUACCCAAGAGGGGUGCCCCUCACGAACGCGUUCUGUGCCCCUUUCACCUGAGAAGGACCCGUGUAAUGUGUUAACGAGUGUCCCUUUGCUUUCUCAUAGGUGCCUGUUCUUCAUAUCAGAUAAGUUGUCCUUAAAAACCACCCUUUUCGUUUCAAAUUUAAGAUUUGAUGCAGGCGUACUUUCUUACUCAAAAUAAUUCAUAUAGGCUUAUGUAGACAUUACAAUUUAAAGAUAUCAAUACACCUAUUCCUAUCUAAGAGGAUCGCCCCGUAUUCUGAACUCGGGAUUAAUUUCAACUCUUGUCUAAUGUUGCGGUUUUUUAACUAUGUAUAGUCAGAUGUGACACAGAUAUUUGACAUUAAAAUAAAAUCAUAUAUACAAUCUAAAAAGAAAUUAAAUGUUAAAUCAACAUUUGAAAGGUUGGAGGAGUUCAAACUUUUCUAACUGUUGCAUUUACCACUUUUAAUGGUUCGACACACUACACUUAAAAUGUUUGAUAUAGCUUUAUGCAAGCUUCCACAUAAUAUAACUUUUGGAAAAGGUUGUCACUCCUUCAAUCUUUCGAAUGUUCUCAGGUAGUUAAUUUCAACAACAAAAAAAUAUAUAUAUUGCAACUAUCAGAGAAUAAUAUAGUUUUCAUCAUCAUUAAAGCAUGAGGAAACAGUAUAGAAAACAUUAAAAAAAUACAAUAUACAUACAAUUUAUUAUUUUUUUAAUAGCAAUUUCAGCUUUAUUAGCAUAAUUUUAGCAGAGAGUGAGACCAUGGUCGAAGUUAAACUGGUCUUCAGCAAUACGGGCAAUUGUGUAUUCUACACUGCAAAAACUCUGGUGUUGAUUUAACACCAGCCCGGAAUCUAUAGCCUACAUGUCCGCACCAGAGAAGUAUUGAAACGACACCAGUUUGGAAUCAAACAGAUGCUGUUUUAAUACUAAUUGGUGUUGUAUAAACACCUUUCUGGUGUUAGACCAAAACGGAACUGGUGCUGUUUGACACUUAUCUGAUGUGGACAUACAUAGAUUCCGAGCUGGUGUUAAAUCAACACCAGAGUUUUUGUAGUGUACGCAGGUACCAAGCACCAAUAGAAGAUCCUCUGGCAACUGCAUACAGUGUUGCUAUGUCAGGCAAAUAUUUGAGUAUGCAUGCUCAGUGAGGCAGACCCUAAGGUUUCCUCAGGCUGAGUAAAUACAGCAUUAUGCAAACCAGGCACUUCGAAUAAGCUUGGGUAAAAACUAUACAUCUUAUAAUAAAGAUUUUGAUGUAAUUACCAUGUUCAUAAUAUGAAUUUCACACCACGAUUUCCACACACAUAAUGACAAAUAAUAAAUCUUCAUAUAAAUGAAUAUGCCUACAAUAGAAAAAGAAUAGUGUGAUCAAACAUAACGUAAAAUGAUUUGCUCCUGAUGAGAUUAAUGACAAACACUAUCACCAAACCACCACACUACUCAACAAAAAUAACGAGGUAGGUCUAUCAUAAGUUUCAGAUAUCAGGAAUACCAAAUAGGAAUAUUGCACCAAAGAUUGCCCUCGAAAUUUUGAAAUAUUGGUACAUUUUCUUUUAGAUAUUGUCACAAAAUAUUUGGCAAGAGGUGACCAUACCUGAGCUAUUGCAAUAACGAAUUCAUUUAUUGCAUCAAGGUAAAAAGUGAUUCUCAUCAUGUACUGCACUUGUCAAGUCAUAAAUGCAGGAUAUAUUCAGUUUAGAUGAGUGGCACUUCGGUUCCCAGAUUUUGAAACAUGUUUAUUAUCGUCAUAUAUUCUCAAUUUCAGUUUCACGUCAUUUCUCAUUUCUUAAGACUUGCAUCUUUGAAAAAAAACCUGAGGCUCGUAACACAGAACUUAACAAUUGAUUUCAAUUUGAUCACUACGAUUGAUUGCAUUUAUUGCGUAUGACCAAUCAUAGAUAUCAGCCAUAUGAUCAAUUGCAAAGCUUCAUGUUACGGGGUCCAGGGUUGAAGAUUCAUGACCCUGUCUUAAUGGAGGAACUUACAUCAGGGCACCGUAACAUUAAGCUUAGCGAUUGAUCAUGGGGCCUGAUUUCUAGGAUUGGUUACAUUGAUUAUUGUGUAUGAUCAAAUCAUAGAUAUCAGCCUUAUGAUCAGUAACAAAGCUUUAUGUUACGGGGUCCAGGGUUGAAGAUACACGACCCUGUCUUAAUGGAGAAACUUACAUCAGGGGCAUGUAACAUAAAGCUUAGAGAUUGAUCUGGCGCUGAUUUCUAUGAUUGAUUGCAUUUAUUAUUGUGUAUGAUCAGUCAUAGAUAUCGGCCUUAUGAUCAAUUACAAUGCUUUAUGUUACGGGGUCCAGGGUUGAAGAUUCAUGACCCUGUCUUAAUGGAGAAACUUACAUCAGGGCACCGUAACAUAAAGCUUAGCGAUUGAUCAUGGGCUGAUUCCUAUGAUUGAUUGCAUUGAUUAUUGUGUAUGAUCAA